GUUGACCGAACCGAGUGCAGCGCCACUAUGAGCAAACGCUGCGGGAAACAACAAAACAUCGAGGCCUGCCUGCAUGAAAACAACUUGAACUUGAAGAUGGCUGAGUGUGUUAGUGAUUUAGUGAUUUAAGUUUUUAUUAUCUUCCGGACCUCCGAAACUCUUUUCAGAACUUAGCGUGACGAUUGCCGGCUCACCAUGUCCGUGCAUUACAAAUUCAAGUCGGCGCUCGAUUUCGACACGGUCACUUUCGACGGCCUUCACAUCUCGGUCGGCGAAUUCAAAAAGUCCGUCUGCCAUCAAAAGCGAUUCGGAAAAACAACCGACUUCGACCUUCAGGUCACAAAUGCUCAAACCAAGGAAGUGUACGGAGAUGACUUGACGCUGAUACCGAAAAAUACGUCAUUAAUUGUGGCCAGAGUUCCUCUAACUGCUCACCAGAAACGGAUAUGGGCACGAGAGGCGGCUGCGUCAUCGCAAGCGCUAAACAAGGCGACAGCGGAUGACAGUCAGGAUCAAGGCCAUUCCAGACUGGUCAAGACUGGGGACCUUUCGAGUGUGGAUGCAAGCGAAGAGGACAAAAUAAAGGCCAUGAUGAAACAGGCCACCUCUGAUUACGACCCUAGCAACUACAUGAGGAUCAAAGGUUCGAGCCAAAUAGGGGAGGUGCCUGGCCACUACCGUUGCCAUCGAUGUCACCAAAGCGGCCACUGGAUAAAAAAUUGUCCACUGACGAAAGAGUUCGGGGAACCACUGGCAGAAGUGAAGAAAAGCACAGGCAUUCCGCGGAGUUUUAUGGUGCCGGUGGCAGGUCCACUCGUUCCAGGCGCCAUGAUAACACCAACUGGUAGCUACGCUGUGCCAGCAAUAGACCACGAAGCGUACCAGGAGCAGAAGAAGGAGCGGCCGGCGUUUGAGGAGGGAGAAUGUCCUGUCGAGGUCAAACCCGAGCUCCCUGAAGACCUGGUCUGCAGCAUAUGUGAGGAUUUGCUCACCGAUGCUGUCAUGAUACCUUGCUGCGGCAACUCGUUUUGUGAUGAAUGCAUUCGAAGCGCUCUUUUAGAGAGUGAGGAACACGAGUGUCCGGACUGUAAGGACAAAGGUGUUUCACCUGACACAUUACUGCCCAACCGCUUCCUCAGGAAUUCAGUUGCCAAGUUCCGUAAUGACACCGGCUACAGCAAACCUCUCCGACUCCCAAUGCUAUUCCCCGAACACGUCAAAAUGCAAUCCCCAGUGAAAGAAGAAGAGACCAAAGAGGAGACAUCUCCAAAAUUGGAUCCUAUCUCGAGGACACCGACGCCCAAGUCUGAGGAGCCACCAGAAAGGGAGCGAGAUAUGACCCCCGAUUCUCGGCUGGACGAGCGGAGCCGCACCCCACCCAGACGGCGAUACCGAGAGGACACCCCUACCCAUGACGAACCCCUCCUCUCCAUGAACCCAAUGCCCCCAUCCUCAACCCACCUCUUGGAACGACCAGUGGGUCCGCUAAUGUCCUACCACGCGCCUCCUCCUCCCGGGGUGGACGACCAUUACGUUCCCAACUACCCCCCUCCAGGACCACCACCCCAAGGUCCCCCUCCCAUGGCUUACGGCCAAGGUCACCGUCCUCCUUUCAGGGGCCAGAGUGGCCAGUAUUACGGCCGCAGAGAGCCAGAGUUCAAUAAUUACCCUUAUGAAGGUGGACGACCCUUCCGACAGCAGCGGUUUGAUCGACCGCCUCUCAUCGAGGACCCGCUGGAUGCCUUCAACCGCAUCCUGAGGGAAAAGGAUGAGCAAAGGCGAAGGCGCCGGGAAAGGUCUUUUUCACCCCAGAGGCAGAUGAGGAGGUCGAGGUCACCCAAGGCCAGAUCACCCAGGUCACGGUCACCUAAGUUGCGAAGGUCGCCACCCCCGUUGAUGGGCAUGAAGAGAAAGACGCCUAAUAAGAAAUACUCCCGGUCCAGAUCACGAUCACCCAUCAUGCGUCGCCAAAGGUCAAGGUCUUUCUCCAUGUCCCCAAGCCCGACCAGGCACAUGCGUCCGCUUGCUCUCCGACCCAGCAGACACUCAAGAUCUCCACCUCCUCACAUUCGCUACGCAGACAGGCCUGAUAAAUACAUGGAGCGGCCGGAAAAGCACAUGGAUAAGUACAUGGAUAGAUCAGACAAGUACAUGGAUCGUGGGCCAAAGUACUUAGACAGGCCAGACAAGUACAUGGAAAGGCCGGACAAGUUCAUCGAUAGACCGGACAAGUACUUGUUGGAGCGGCCGGAUAAGUAUUACGAGAAGCCUCCGGAGAAGUAUGUGGACAAAUACGCAGUUGAAAAGUAUCCUGAGAGGCACGAGAAAUUCGUAGAGCGGCCUGAGAAGUUUGUCGAACGUCACGAAAAACAUUCCCGUUCUCGAGCAGUGGAGGAUCACAAGCCAUUCAAGCGGCAUGAGAAGGAGCGAGUGCCGCCCAGGGAGGUUGAAGAGCGCGAAGUCCACAGGGAGCCAGAGAGUAGCGAAAGACUGCACAAAGAGCCUGAAAAGUUUGUGGUUGAAAAAGAGGAAACGCCGAAGAAGGACAUAGAGGACUUCAGGACUCUGUUAAACAUUAAAAAGGCAAAGCAUGAUUCGUCUGCCAAAAAGUCGUCGCCCGAACCCGAGGAGAAAAAGGAAACUAAAACAAAAGAGAAAAAGAAAAGGAGGGAGAGUGUGGGCUCUAAAAAGAAGAAACACAAGGAAAAGGACAAGGAGAAGAAAAAGAAAAGCAAAACACCGAAAGUUUCCAAAGGAGAGGACGAGGAGGAAAAACAGCAAGGUGAGGCACCCGACACUACAACUGCCGAGGAGGAACCAAAGGACGAGCCAGAACCAGUCAAAGAGGUUGCAGAGCCGCCUAAGGUUGAGGAAAAGGCAGAAGAGCCUGCUAAGCCAGAAAUUUUACCUGAGCCCUCCAAAUGGGAGCAUAGCGAAGAAGAACAGGAAACCUCCAGAGAGGAGCCUGCAAAGUGCCAAGAGGAAGAAAAGUCUGUCACUGUGGAGGUGUUAAAGAGAGCGGAAAAUGCCAUCUUCAAGAAGGCCAUCAACGCCAUCCGACCUGAGAGGAAAGUCUUUUUAGAUGCAAAGGCACCAGAAGAUAUCCAAGUAAAUAUUACAGUUGAGGAGCCCGUAGUUAACAAAGUGGAGAAGGUUGUUAAAAAAGCAGAAAAGAGGAAAUCAACUGAUGAGCCGGAGACAGAGACGAGCAAAAAGAAGAAGCACAAGAAAGAAAAGAAAAAGAGGAUCAAGAAAAAGACUAGUUCGUCAUCAAGUGGCAGCAGUUCCGACUCAGAGGAGCACAAAAAGAAGAAGAAGAAGAAAAAGAAGGCCAAGAAGAAAAAACAUCACAGUACAGAAGAUAGUGAAUCGUCUUCUGAGGAGGAAAAGAAAACCAAGAGGAAGAAAAAGAAGAAACACAAGAAAUAAAAAAAAAUUAUCUUAAUUCCCGAUUUUGUUGUAGAUUGAAUAAAACGCAAG